CUCAGCUGCUUUCAGAGCACAUACAUGGCUUGUGUGACAGCAACAGCGUACAGAAGCAGCAGCAAUGAAAUGCAGCUAGCAGCAGCCCUACAACUGGGUGAAAUGAUCUUCCCAUGAGCCUGUCUGGAGUGUCUUUCCAGCUGUGCCUGGCUUUUUUUUAAUCACUAGGAUCCUGUUUGGGUGUUUCUUUCCAAAUACUCUGUGGCUUAACAGGAGUGUGUGACUCCCUUGGUGACUGCAGCGUCUUCCCCCCUCCUUCUCCUCCCUCUCUUUUGCUGCAUCCUUCUCUCCCAGGAUGGCGGAGUCUGAAUUGCACAGGGAAAGGCUACAAGCUAUUGCAGAAAAAAGGAAAAGGCAGACAGAAAUAGAAAGGAAAAGACAACAGCUCGAGGACCAGAUACUUCAGCUGCAGCAUUUCAAGUCAAAAGCACUCCGUGAAAAAUGGUUGCUGCAAGGAAUUCCUUCCAGUUCACCAGCAGAAGAAGAAGCCAGAAAAAGGCAGUCAGAAGAGGAUGAGCUGAAGGUGAAAAAUCUUGAAGGCAAUAUCCGCAGGUUAGAACAAGAAAUACGAAAACUAGAAAGUGAAGAAUCCCAAAUAUCUGCCAAAGAGCGAAUCAUCUUAGAGAAACUAAAGGAAACAGAGAAAUCCUUUGAGGACCUCCAAAAGAGCUUCUCACACCAAGAUGGAGAUGCAGUAAAUUACAUUUACUCCCAGAUCCCCGAACUCACAACCCUUUAUUCACGAACAACAGAGCCAGUUCCUGGGAAAGACAGAACGAGCAGGGUAACUGCUUUGUACAGCAUGGAAAUUAAUGUGGAGAAAGACAGACAGACAGGAGAGACCAAGAUUCUCUCUACAUCCCCCAUUGGCCCAGAGGCUGCCCUUCAAAGAGGAAUCAAAGUCUAUGACGAUGGUACCAAAGUAGUCUAUGAGAUGCACUCUGCGGGUGCAGUGGUAGAAAACGGAGUGCAUAAGUUAAGUUCAAAGGAUGUAGAUGAACUUAUUCAGAAGGCUGGACAAUCAAGCAUAAAAGGAGGGACUGUAUUAAAAGCAGAUGGAAACCUCAACCAUAUGAAGGAACAGAUGCUUUUCAAGGAGGCAAAAUUAGAGAUGGUGCACAAAUCUAGCAAAAGGCAUUCUGGGAACCCACGACACCAAGUGAAACUCUCUGGGGAUGACAUCCCAGAAGCCAGCACGGAUCAUCCAGUAACAAUGAUAUUUAUGGGUUACCAAAAUAUUGAUGAUGAAGAUGAGACAAAAAAGGUGCUGGGCUACGAUGAGACAAUCAAGGCCGAACUGGUCCUCAUUGAUGAAGAUGAUGAGAAGUCACUACGUGAGAAGACUGUGACAGAUGUGUCAACCAUGGAUGGAAAUGCCGCUGAGUUGGUUUCUGGGAGGCCCUUGUCAGACACUACAGAGCCCUCCUCACCAGAGGGGAAAGAGGAAAGUCUACCAGUGGAAAAGCUCCCAGAAGCAAAGGGAUUUAAUGUAUGGUCUGAAGAUAUAAGUGAAAACCCUGGGGUGGAAGUGACAGCCAUGAAAUCAUCUAGACUCUCUGAGGAUGACAUUAAGUUGAGAAAAGAGAGAGACCGAUAUAGUGCCAAUUUCCUGGAGUCUGCUAGUGUGCGUGCAACAAAGAGAGAGAAAAUGGAAAUUGGAGCCCUGGUCUCAGAACAUAAAAACAUCGUCGUGGGGGCUUCAACAUGUGCAGCAGACAAUCAAACUCACUUAAUUUCCCCUGCUGCCAGUCACAAUGGACAAGACAGACAUGAAUCCUUGGACAGUGAGGUUGCUAAAGAGAUCAGGUAUCUCGAUGAGGUGCUAGAAGCAAACUGUUGUGAUUCAGCUACUGAUCACCCCUUUAACGGGAUGACUUCCUCCUCCCCUGAGCCAAGUGCAUGCAUUGUCAUGGAUAGCUCUAGUCCAUCUGUUCACGUUACUAAUGAUUCCGCAGCACCCAAUGAAAGUGACAUCAUAGUAGUUUGUGGGCAAGCACCUCCAAUUGUUGAGUGCAGUAGAAUAAAUGUCGCAUCUGAGAAGCUCAAACCAAAUGGCCAUUCCAUGGGCAUUCUGCAAGAGGAACACUGUGACAGUCUGAACAUUCCAGUGAGUCCAUGCUCUUCCACAAGCUCAAGGUCUUCCAGGGAUGGAGAAGUAACAUUAGCCACCAUUAAGAAAGAAGCUAAGUUUGAGCUUAGAGCAUUUCAUGAAGACAAGAAGCCAUCCAAACUCUUUGAGGAGGAAGAUCCAAGAGAGAAUUACAGAGUGCGUAAAGUGAGGCCCUCGGAGGAAAUGAUAGAGCUGGAAAAAGAGAGGCGAGAGCUCAUCCGAAGCCAGGCUGUCAAGAAGAAUCCAGGGAUCGCAGCAAAGUGGUGGAAUCCACCCCAGGAUAAAACGUUGGAGGAGGAGCUAGAUGAGGAACAUUUGGAGUCUCACAAAAAAUACAUAGAACGCAAAGAAAAGCAGCAGCAGCAACCAUCGAUGCCUGUGAAACACGUCACAUAUUCCUCUGCUCCACCUGAUCUAGCUAGCAAUAAAAAGGUUGAUAUUGUCACAGAGCAAAUAGAUUUUUCAGCUGCACGGAAACAGUUUCAGUUAAUGGAAAAUUCAGGCCAGCCAAAUAACACAACAGAAGCACCCAAGAGAUCAGGGACUCCCAAAAUGUUCACUAUACAACCCUUUUACAAACCAAUAGGCCCUUCUCAAAUGGACCGGCGAACACUCUCAGUUACAAAGCCUGUCUCUGUGUGUGGACAGGUUGGAAACAACAAUAUAACUAUUGGAGAAGCUGAGAAGGUGUCUUGCAUCUCAGACACUGACAGUGGUAUUCAGAACAUCUCUGGUGACUCAGUGCAAGCGUCUCUGUGUGGUGAUGCCCCAAAGCUUGGCCAAGUCACAAAGAUAUGGUCUGAUGAUGGUGAAUUCAUGAGUGCAAAGGCAGUCUUUACAGUAGUGAGGGAUGAUGAACAGGGCAUCAUAGAUCAGUUCUCAAGGUCAGAAGAACUGGACUCAGGAUUGGAUGAUUUGUCUGUGAGAUCUCAGGAUACAACAGUUUUGGAAACACUUUCCAAUGACUUCAGCAUGGACAAUAUCAGCGACAGUGGUGCCUCCAAUGAGACAAUGAAUGCUCUUCAAGAAAAUUCCCUCACUGAUUUCUCUUUGCCCCAGACCCCUCAGGCUAACACACCUUCUGAAUGUCGAGGAGAGGGUGUUCCCAAGACACUUAGUGACCAUGGCUUUUAUUCUCCUCCUUCACCAUUACUUGACUCCAUGCUCAUUGAUGAGCAGUUGGAAUACCAGGCUGGUCUACUGGUUCAAAAUGCCAUUCAGCAAGCUAUAGCUGAGCAGGCUGACAAAAUAAGUUACAAACAAGCAAAAGACGCAACAGAGCAAAAGAACCAACAGGUUAAGGAGCAGAAGGAGAUGGUCAAGACACCAUAUUCUGAGACACAGCACAAUUCAACAUUUCAGCCACCUCAGGUGUCCUCUCCUAUGCAGGAAAAACGGGAUUCAGCACCAAAGACUACUGCAGUUCAAGGCUCUGUACUCAGGGAAAGGCAAGUUCCACAGCCGUCUCUUGUUGCCCCUAACACCCAUCCAGCCACUGUGGAGGAAACCAAGCCAGAAGUCAGCUAUUUCAGCAAGUAUUCAGAAGCAGCUGAGCUGAGGAGCACAGCUUCUAUUCUGGCUAUGCAAGAAGCAGAGGUGACAAUAGGGCCUUUCAAACUAAGGUCAAAAAAGCAGAGGACUUUGUCUAUGAUAGAAGAAGAGAUCCGUGCAGCCCAAGAAAGAGAGGAGGAACUGAAAAGACAAAGGCAGGGUAUGCAGCUGAUACGGAGCCCUGUUGCAAAAAGUGCACCUUCUCUACCCACCAGAACUGUGUCUUACAGAACUGCACCAGGUAAAAUAGAGAAGAUCAAGCCACCUCCAUCCCCGACCGCUGAAGGUCCCCCCUCGCAUUCCGACUCAGCAUCAGAUGAAUCUGGAGGAUCCCAAAGGCCCAAGAACCUGAUGCAGACUCUUAUGGAAGAUUACGAAAGUCACAAAACCAAGAGGCGGGAGAGGAUGGAUGAGAGCAGCUACAACUGUAAAUUACUGUCUAACAAGGUUACUUCUGAGGUCCUUGAGGCUACAAGAGUCAACCGCAGGAAGAGUGCCCUGGCACUGCAGUGGGAAGCUGGCAUUUAUGCUAACCGAGAAGAAAAUGAAUAGUUCUCUUGGCAAAAUAAAAGAGCAGCUUUUUUCAAUUAAAGAAAAUGAAGAGACCAAGAAACCAAAUAAAAGAACAAAGUUUUGAUUUUUUUUAAAAAAAAUCUACACCAUUUUAAUCUGAUAUUUAUUACAAGUGUACCAAUCUCUGCAAUCCAUGUUUAAACCGAAGCAGUUUAUAUAUGCAUAGAUACACGCAAACACACAGAAAAGUUAUACUAAGAAAAGAGUCUGCUACCACACACACACAUAAAGAGAAAAGAUAUUGAAGAAACAGACUGUAGCGUGGUGCUUAUAUCAUUGCAGUGAGGAGGAGAAGAAGAAGAAGAAGAACCCAAGAGGACACAUUCCACAGCAAGUAGAAUGAAGACGUGUUUCUUUCUUCAUAAUUGUCUUCUUCCCAGCCUUGUAUUUGGAACAGGAAGAGUUUGCCUAAAUAGACUUUCACCACAAGAUGGCACCUCACAUGGAAAUAAACAAUAGUUCAAGCUAUGUUUGAGUUUGACAGCAGCUCUUCAUCAUCCCAUAUGUAGCGUUAAGAAGAGGGCUGUUACUCUGAUAUAUCCUAGAUAGCCAUAAUAUAUAAAGGGUUUUUUUCUGUUACAAAUAGGGGAAACAUUUGGAAGUCUUUCUUUUAAUUUAACAGGUGUUUAAAAAAAAACACAGGCUGUUAAAUGUGAAUGUACAAUCCAUAUAUUUAGCCAUAAAAUACAAUGUAUUAUGUUUGCUGUUACUUUUUGAAAGGUUGAGGAAGAUGGCAAAUUGUUCACUUUUAACUUAUAACGGGUGUUUUUUGCUGAAAAUUUGCCAUCCCUUUUUUUCAUAAUGCUUAAAAACAUUUCCUUUUAACAGUGCUGCACAAUCCAUAGGUAGAGUAGAAAAGAGAAAUGCCAAAUCAGAAUAGCUAGUUUUAGUGGUCUGUAUAUGCUUGAUGUUUAUCAGUUUGGUCUCUUGUUUCUCAGUGCUUACUGGCAUUAUCAUCAACGCUUAAUGGGCAGUGGUUGUUAUGAUGGUGUGGGAGAGGAUAUACACUAAAAGAACAUACAAAGCUGAGUAGAAAGAUAAGGGAGUAUCUGAAGCACCUUGAAUAUAUAUGUUUUUAGGCGAUAACUGACACAUGCGUCAGAUUGUUACAAGAUAAUGGUAUGAAAGAAAAAAUAGUUAUAUCUUUAACUAUAUUUAUGCUAUAUAAAGGUCUUAGUUAAUAGAGGGGGGGAUGUUUUGUGUUACCAGGACAUGAAAAGUUGGAGAUGGUAACAGAGUGAGAUGGGAAGAGAGGAGCAGGGCCAAAGGAUUAUUUUUGCUGUUCAAACAGUGUUUCCAUAGCUAAAAGAUAAUAUUGCAGCUUAGUUUGAGUGCAGAGAUGGGAAUCAGUGAAAAAGGAAUAGGGUGUGAGUGGGUGUGUUUGCUUGUGUGCAUGUGAAAUAGGAUGGUGAAGAGACGUGGGUGCAUAGAUUAUUUUCUCCAAAGCUGUUUGCUAGCUCUUUUUUAUGAAAAGGGAUAUAAAAGGCACUGAACUGAUGCAGUAUUUGUAAUAACUAAGCUGACCUGACACGGGAUUUGCAUGAGUUAACAUUUUCAAAAGUAUUGAACAGUUUUGUAAUCUGACAUUUAGAAAAGAAAUGUGGUAUUUAUCCUUGUGCUUUGCUGUCUGGCGUAGUAUUAGAGGGUGCUGGUUUUCUCUUCUUGCAUUCAGGAAAUGCAGCUGAAUGUUUAGUGAUGGCAUCAUAUAAUUUCUGGAAUAGAAUUUGUCACAUUUUAGGCAACUGAAGAAUGGUACAUGCAUCUUAACAGUUAAACAUUACUUUUAACUGUUUUUUAAGGGGGGAAAAAAGAGUAGCCCUCCACAAGUUUCUCUUCCUGUUUCAUUUUAUUUUGUAUUUCAUGUUAUGAACAGAAUUUUUUGAAUUCUGAUGUUUUAAUUAGAUAAACAAUGAAGUUACAGCCUGAAAUAUAUUAAUUUCUUUUCAGUAAAAGUCUAAAUACAAAUAGAGUAGUGUGGACACAACAGCCUUGACAAGGAUUCUUUCUGUCUUGCAUGCAGAAGGUAGAAAUGUUUGGAACUAAAUAGGCUAUGGCUUGGGUAACAUCUAUACUGGAUUCUGAUGCAAACCUCCAAGCCUAAGCUCUGCAGGUAUAUAGACCAUCUAUUGCCCGCAGUAUGUAAUUGAAAAUAGAGUUCCACGUAUGCAGUGGGUGUUUUCCCCUGCCAUAACUGGCAGAAUCUCAUUUCUGUAUAUGGGCUACACUGCUGGAUUACAAGACUAUGCCAGCGUCUGGUUUACGUUAUCACAAGACAUGGUGGAUCCUACACCAUUUGCAGAUUUUGUAACCAGAAAAAUCAUUCAGAAAAUAUUUUACAUAAAAGAUAUUUAUAUUAAUAGUUUGCGCGCUUCUCUGGUUAUAUUUUUAGUAAGAAUUUAGGGCACAAUCCAGCCAAAGCUUAGCAUUGUUGUCCUACUGAUUUCCAAAGGAAUAUACAUUUAGCUGUUGCAUGUUGAAAAACACUUAGUUUGGGCUAGAGUGUGUGAUAGGCAUUUUCAGAGGCUAAAAGGUAUGUGUGGAGGGGAAAGAGUGAGAUGUGACACAGUGACUAGAGAAGUGGAAGGGCCAGAGCGCUGUCCACAGUGAAGAACUUUGCCCCUGGUCCGGAAGGACCACCCAACAUUUUCAGUGUUUUUUGAGCCUUUAGCGGAAACUGCCUGCAUUAUCAGUUGGGUGUUGUAGUUGUUUACUCCAAGGGGCGGUGUCUUUCAAAGUGAGGUAAAGAUUCUCAGGAUUAUGACAAAGCAGGUGGAUUCUAUGCUGAAAAUGUUUUUAAGCCAGCACUGACAAAAUGCUUUGAGAGAUCCAAGCAUAGAAGAGAUGGGUAAACAACUUACAUUGCAUGCAACUCUUACAGAGAAAUAGUAAUUUUCUAACAGAAGAGAUAAAACCAAAGAUGAUACAUUUGCUUGGAAUGGGAUAUUUUCUUCCCCUUUUCUAGUUUGUAGUCAACUCAGCAUGGAAGAACAAGGAGCUGUUGAGGAAAUCCCCUUUUUCUAAAAGCAAAAAUAAAAAGCCGCUUCAAGACUACGUUUCAUUUGCCUCCAAGUAUCUUGUUCUGUUUUUUUUCUCCUCAGUACUCAUCCCCAGCAGUAAAAUUCUGAGUUUGGUGUCUUGGCAUCUUGGGAUGACUUUGCUGAAAGGAAAGAAGGGCUUAAUUCAUUAUGCUAUUUCCACAACACGAUUAUUGAUGGUGAUGGUUAUUAUUGCAAACUAAUGGACAGUUUAUUUUUCAGGAAUUAACUGCCAUUUUCAGCAAUACAUAGUGCAGUACUUUGAUAGUAUAGCAGCGGACUUCUCUCUCCGUUAUUUCCAUAUGCCCAUGACCACUGCUUAAUUUCUAUGAAUAUAUGCCAGUACAUGCAAAUUGCAAAAAAAAUCCCACAAUUAAUGCAGAAUAAGCUUCAUCUUCACACACAUACAAAGAGAUAGGAAUAUUUUUGAAGCAAGUACUGAUGAUAAUUGAAUUCUGCAUCGACAAAUAGUUAAGCAUUACAAUUUGUGACUGUAGCCAGGAUUCUUUCUUUUUUUAACUGCAGAGCAGUUUUGGCCAUUUCACUCCCAGUCCAGAAGGAUCCAUUGCAGAAAACUGCAACGAGUCAUUUCUUCUGUUACAAACAAACAACCACUCGGUUGCAAAAAUAACGGCUUCCUGUAUAUGUUUAACCACUUCAUUGUUGUAUCCUGCUUUUGUUUUAUAGUGACUGUGAUGGAAGUAUACACUUAUUUUCUCAUUAAAAAAUA